AUGGCGGCGGCGACGGCGGCGCGCGACGCCGCCGCGGCGUUCGCCAGGGCGUUGUUCGCGGACGAGGCGUCGACGGAGGCGUUCGCGAGGGCGGUGCGAGGCGAUUCAGGGGAGAUGCAGGGGAAGGCGGUGUUUUUCGAGGCGCCGCUCGCGGCGUGCGGGACGCUCGAGCGCGUGCUGGAGAUGGGCGCGAAGGCGAACGCGCCGGCGGAGAAGCGCGUUGGAGCGAUCGCGACGCGGUCGAGGUUGGUCUCAGCGAGCGACGUGGAGAGCGCGAUCGGGUGUGGGCUGGCGAAGGAGGACGUGCGAGCGUUCGAGGAGGCGUGCGCGCGGACGACGGGGGAAGAGGAGUUCGGCGUCGUCCUGAGCGUCGGUCUACCGUGCUCGACGAACGUCGUGCGGUUCGCCGUCGUGCGAGGUGGGAUGUUGGAGAUGGAUGAUCGCGUCGUCGAUCCCGCGGCGCCGUCGAUUUGGGCGAUGAAGCCGAAGAGCACGCCGGAGGCGCCGACGAAGGAGACCCAGUGGCUGUAUUGCACCGACCGAGGCAUGGAUCGCGCGGAGAAGAUGCCUCACUUUAAGUGGACGGGAGAUCUACGACCGGCGAAAAUCUCGCACGACGAGCGAUACUUCCGCGGUCUGCUCGCGGUCCCGGAGGACGUUGUGAAGACGGAUUACGCAGAGACGUCGUAUCCCAAAUCGGAAGCCGAGUCUCGUCUACAACAGGUCAUGCACGAGCUGAGCGAAAAUGAGAAGAAGCAGCUGCACAAGUGCUGUAUUGUCUCGCGAGGUGCGCUCGAUGCGGUCGUUCGAGCAAUUCGCCCGGGCGUCGUUCCCGAUGAACUCGAUCGCAUUUGCCACAACUACAUCACCGCACACGGGGGCUACCCGUCACCGUUGAACUACUACGGCUUCCCGAAAUCGUGUUGCAUCUCCGUGAACGAGGUAAUCUGUCACGGAAUCCCCGACGCUCGCCCCCUGGAGAAGGGUGAUAUCGUCAAUAUUGACGUCACGGCGUAUAUUUACGGCUAUCACGGCGACUUGAACGAAACCGUUCUUGUCGGCAAGCCCGAGGACGUGGAUGAGAAAUCGAAGCACUUGCUCAAGGUUGCCCUGGAGUGCCUGUGGCGAGGGAUCGAUAUUGUGAAACCAGGAACGCGAUACCGCGAUAUCGGCAACGUCGUCACCAGCCACGCGAAUGCAAACGACUGCUCUGUCGUGAAGACGUACUGCGGUCACGGCAUCAACACGCUCUUCCACUGCGCCCCGAACGUUCCGCACUACGCGAACAACAAAGCGACGGGAUCGAUGAAAAAGGGUCACUCGUUCACGAUCGAACCCAUGAUCAACCUCGGCGAAUGGCGAGACGUCACUUGGCCCGACGGUUGGACCGCAGUGACCAAGGAUGGUUCUCGCUCCGCGCAAUACGAGCACACCAUGGUAUGCACCGACGACGGUGUCGAGGUGCUCACAGCCCGCCUUCCCACCUCCCCCGCCGUCUUUCCUUUCGUCUCCGAGACCGAGGAGAGCUCCGUGGACUCCCUCACCGGCCGCAUGGCCGCCGCGACGUUGUAA